AUGGAAGCAGAACAUAACGUAAAUCCGUCUGAUCGAAAAAUCGAUGAUACACAAUUAGCCGAUGAAGAAGUGAUAAUAUCAACAUCACAUUUUUCAAGUAAAUCAUCGCCAUUGCGCAGUUCGCUGAUGAAACGCGAAAAUCGAAACUGCGCAUCGGAAACCAAAUUUGUCAGUUUUAUGCAAAAACAUGAAAAAAAAAUAUGCAAUGUGGCGGAUUGUAUACGAAUAAUGCAGAAUGCUACCGAAUUCAUCAAAUUACGAACAAAUAUUCGUCAAUUUCGUCGGACAUUUGCCUUAGAUUCCAAUUUGUCGCACAUACAUUGGACGCCAACAAACAAAAAACCUCAAAAAGCUAAAAUAGCUAUUGAAAACAUUAAAGAAAUACGUAUUGGAAGAAACACCGAGUUACAUCGUGCAACGGAAAAUUACGCAAAUGACCUACAGCCAUCAGGUUCGCAGCCACUUGCGACACUUCGUGAAAGAUGGUUAGGAUCGGCAUUUGAUGAAGCGGAUAUCGGAAAAUGUGGUUGCUUAACGAAAAAAGAAACGGUACAACUAAUCAAGAAACUUAAUCCGCGAAUAUUGCUUAAUAAAGUUGAACAUGAAGUUAAGGAAGCAAGUACAUUAAAUUCCGGUGAAUCACAACAUGGAAAUAUUACACGUUCACAAUUUGUUGAAAUUUACAAGAACGUUGCAACAAGAUCUGAAAUAUAUUUUUUGAUGGUUCAAUAUGCUAAUAAGGAUUAUUUGAGCUGCAAAGAUCUUCAAGUAUUCUUAGAAACGGAACAAGGGUUAUUAGGAAUAACAAUAGAAUUUUGUAAAUCAAUUAUCGAACAGUAUGAACCAUGCAAAGAAGCACGAGAAUUAAAUCAUAUGACUGUCGAUGGAUUUACCAAUUAUCUUCACAGUGAUGAAAAUUUUUUAUUUGAUAGCACUCAUCGAAACGUAUGUCAAAAAAUGGAUCAACCAUUUAACAAUUAUUUCAUUGCAACAUCUUUCAAUACAUCAUUAAUCGAAAAUCAAUUAAAAGAGCCUUUAAAUUGUAAAGGUUAUAUUGCAGCACUUCGUCGUAAUUGUCGAUUUAUUGAAGUAGAUGUCUGGGAACCAAUAGCAGGAACUAACGAAAUGGAACCAAUAAUCCAUAAUCGUUGUGGUUCGUCUAAGUUAACCUUAUCUGCUGUCUUGAAAGUUAUCAAUGAAAUGGCUUUUCAAAAAUCAAGAUAUCCAUUAUUUAUACGAUUGGAAAUACAUUUAAAUAUUGAAUGGCAAAUGGUACUUUUUGAUAUGCUUCAUGAUACAUUUGGGGAUAAAUUAUAUCAGCCAAAUAAUGAUCCCACUGAUUGGACACAACAACGGCCAACGCCAAAAGAUUUUGAAAUGAAGAUUAUUCUUAUUGGUGAACGUAUUAAAAAUACUGAGCAAGAUAUUGGUGAAGUAUUUGUAAAAAAUGAAAAUAAUGUUGUGGAAGAAUUUGAUGAAAUGAUCAAUUCACCACCGAAAAAUCUUAAACAAAUGCUUGUUUGCCGUAAAUUAUCGGAUUUAAUGUGUCCAUGGGCAAUCCCAGCUACAAUCACAGAAAUUACUACGCAUAAUAUAUUUGACAAAAAUUGCCAUCUUCUUGCAUCAACCGAAUAUAACUGUCUUAAGAUGAUACAAAACUCUCCGUCAGAAUUUGCUCAAAUUGCUAAAGAUUAUUUAAUGCUCUUAACACCAAAUACAUCACGCACUGAUUCAUCAAAUAUGAAUCCACAAGAAUUCUGGAAUUAUGGUAUUCAAAUGGUUUCGUUAAAUUACCAAACAUUAGGACUGAUGAUGGAUUUACAGGCUUAAGUCUAUAAGCUUGAUCGUAUUUCCAUUGUGCAAGGAAAAUUUUCGGAUAAUGGUGGAUGUGGUUAUAUUCUGAAGCCAUCAAUAAUGCGCGAAGAAUUAUAUACACCUGGAGAUAUGAUGCCAAUUCCACCACAAAUUUUAUAUUUACGAAUUAUAUCCGGUCAACAGUUACCUCGACCUCGUGGUUCAACAGCUAAAGGUGCUAAUCCAUCAUUCGAUGAAUCAUUUCAAUUUGAAAUUACCAUACCGGAAAUGGCAUUGAUAAGAUUUUUGGUACUCGAUGAUGAUUACAUUGAUGAUGACUUCAUCGGACAAUAUACUAUACCUUUUGAAUGCUUAAAAAAUGGCUAUCGUCAUGUACCUUUACUGAAUAACGAAGGUGAAAUAUUGGAAAACUGUACACUUUUCGUUCAUGUCGCAGUAACAAAUCGAUAUGGAGGAGGGGUAUCAGCGGUACCAUGA